AUGACCCAAGAGUGGAACCCGAACUACUACCACUUUACGGUGGAACAUCUUCCUCGGAUCACUGUGGCCUUGGAUAUCCUUCUCGAAAACCCAGAAAUCAAGAUCGCAAUGCAUUACUCCCAGCACGACAAACUGCAUAAGGGAGGCUUGUCCAAUGAGAUUGAAACUCAUAUGGAAAUGUUUGAGAUUCUGGGAAUCAGCAGAGACCGCGUCGUCUUAGCCAUGAAACAGAUGCAUGCAGAACUAGCGAUUGUGCCGACUAGUACUAUGUGCGGCGACCCGGAUGCUCACAUGGUCAACAUGCUCAGGAACAGAUUACUGCAGGGUCUUUUCCCGACCACGAACGGCGUUCCUCCUGCGCCAGCCCGCCCGGUGAUUGUGCUCGUUGUGCGCACCACAUUGCGGGGCCUGAAGAACAACGACGAGGUGAAAGAGGCUCUGAAGAUCAAUUUUCCGAGCUUCGACGUGGUGGAGUUCUUCGGCACAGAUCCCGUCCGAGACCAGCUCCUGACAUUCGCAAAAGCGUCCAUGGUCAUAGCUCCCCACGGGGCCGGGCUUGCUAACAUGAUCGUCGCGCCCCUGCACACCCCGGUGCUGGAAAUCGCCCCGUUAUCGUGCCCAUCCUGCUUCUUGAGACUCGCCUUGAAGCUUCACCACAUCUACGCUAGACAUCCCGGGGGCGAAUGGUCACAAGAGUGCCAUACAUGGUACGAGCCGGACAUCGAUGAAGUGGUCGACCUCGUAAGGGAUCUUCUCGAGGCGAAAGGCCAAGCAAACGAUGCCCUGGAACUCCCUGAAGCAACAGACAUCCAUCAAGAACAGCCGUAAUCUGUAUGGCCCACCACGGCCCGGCUUUGUUGCCUUUGUGAACCCAACGAAUUCCCGGGGGUAUUGACGAAGAGAGGCCAUCCUUUUGGUCUUCUUAUCGUAGAGGUCGCGUAUGUGCACACGGGGACGGAACGCCUCAGCUUUUCGCCGAUGCACAGGGACGGCUCUUUGAAACCUUCAGCCGAUUGGCAGACAAUUUGUUGCCUGAGGGACGAGGUCAUCUCCGGAUUCCUUGAAGGCAACUCAUCGUCCUCCUUCACGGCGAUGUUGGCCUCCUUGCAGAGAGGAAAAUCAAAAUGGAGUGGAUUUCCAAGUGUUCGAUGUAGGUCACCCACCUCUCUUUCAGCUCGUGUUGCUUAGGGCUUCGUGCGUGCUCAUAUAUGUGGUUUGUAUUUCCUUGAGUAGGAAUGACCGCGCUAUGCAGCUAGCCAAAAAAUAGGCCAACGCCCAACGAGUUAUAGUAUGCGGAGUCCCUCGAUACAGUUGUGAAUACGUGCGUGUUCUUCAUUUCGCAUCGGCCUGCCGUCCUAUCUCUUACCAGGACAAAAAACACGAAAACGUCUUCUAAUCGUCGGAUUGUGUGUGUGAUUCUGCAGUUAACAUGGACCAGAUUGUCGUGCUGACGAGUGAAAAGACAUAAUUCUGUAUUUCUUAAUAUAUCCAGGGUGUUUCGCCUGCUGAUGACCGAGGUUUUGUUUGAUCAAUAUGCUUUUUUGCGGGUUGUUCACUGACAGUUUAGUUCCUAUUGAGUAGUAGGAAUAUGACAUAUGCCGCCCUUCGGGCUCUUCAACUGUACUCUUUUCUUCGUUUUGUUAGAUGUACUGGUGCGGUUCCGUUGUCUGGGGCCCCCGUGUCGUUCGUGGCUUGCUGAGCGUGCUACAUGGGCUAGAUUUGCUUGGAUGGUGUGAGAAACGUUUUAUUGCUCGUCUUCACUCACACCCUACCCCUUGGGAAUGGCAGACCCAAGACCGUUUCCACCUCCUCGUGUGCCUGACGACGUGUUUAACGCACCGUCGUCUAGCUGGUAAUUUGUCGUGUGCAGGUGUGUUCUUGUCCUCUUUGUUGUGAAUCCUGGUUGCCUCUAUCCUGUUGUUGCUUGGUGUUGGGAUGGACCGUUCAUUUUUAUUUGAGGUACGCUUGUUCAGCGUUCCGUGCCAUGCUGAGGAGUCUACGUGGGAAGUGCUUGUUGACAUGAAUGCUCGCGGGAAGGACGGCCAACCCUUCUCGUUGUACGUUGAAGGCAUGUACAUCCCUAUUAUUAAUUACUCUUUUGGGGGGGGNGGGGGGGGGGGGGGGGGGGUCGGACUGCUUGAGUUCGGGCGGCAAGGUCGGAUAGGGUAGACUGAAACUUCGAGCGAAGUGUUGGUCAAUGAUUGAAUGACAAAGUUCCUUGCGUCGGCUCAGGUUUCGAUUUUGGGGAAAUCUUUUUCGCUUUCGUGCCCAACGUCGCUUGUGUUUUGUCGACGUUUUCGGUGGGUUAGUUUAGUUUUUCAGGGAGGGGGGUCUUCGCGCUUGGGGAUUUCCUGGGUUAUACGUUGUUUGGUGUUGCCUUGAACUCUUGCCAUAGCCUUGAAAAGAGUACGAAUUCGUAGGUAACGGCUGAGAGGCAGAACGGUGUUCGAAUUUUAUGACAUAGAUGUCCGUCGAUCCCCUUGUUGUGAAGGUCUUGACCCAUGCGUCCUUACGCCUAAUCACGCCCUCUGCCGCGAGUCUUUGCAGUAGACUGCCAUGGGUGUUGUCAGUGGGCAGCAAACAUAGAGCAGGUGUGGCAUGUGUGUCGAACCAGUAGAUAGCCUCGUCCCCCCAGGUGCAUUGGACGUACCGCGCCUUCCAGGGGUGAAGGAAUAACCUCAUGUUGCUUGUCUCUCCUCGAUCUAUUAUUGAGUCCCUCGUGCCCGCAAAGGCUUCGGCAUCUCGUUCGCUUCUCUUGAUUGGUUCAUGCGACGCUGCUGACAAACGCAAAGUCGUUUACAUUGGAAACAAUCCGUAUGCGCUUCGGUAGGUGCCAACGAUUCAUUUCCCGUCGUCGAUGCAUGCAUUGCAUGAUGCUUUUGGGUUCGACGAAAUGCUUGAGCUUGACAAGAGGAAGAUGCAAUUGGCACGUAAGGAUGGAACCUUUGUUCGGAUUCUUUGUCUGCAGCAUAGUGCUUCUUUCGGUCAGUAGGAGUACAUUCUCCUUCGACGCUUUACAUUUUCGUUCGGGGGCUGCCGUCGUACAGCCAAUAUUUUUUGGCGGAAAUCCCAGCAUUUCGCUAUCCUUGGAACUGCGAAAGCACCGACGAAGCAAGGCACACCACACAACGGCUCGUGACGGGCGAACCUCUUGAGGCUAACGAUGCGGCUGCAGCUUGUGAAUGAUCUGUCGGACACAUGUGUGGCAGGUCAAAAGAGUGGUAUAUUUAAUUUCUUCUCGUGGCGUUGAAUUCGCAUCCAAAAAACACUUUCUUCGGGGGGUUCCACGAUGAGCGACCGGCCGGCCCCGCUUAUUCACUGUACAAUGCUGUACAAAGGAACGCUGGCGGGUGUGGGCAUGGCAAAGGUUACCUGGUGCCAUCUGUGCUUUGUGGGAAGGUUUUCUUCUUCGGACGUCCGAGAUUGAGAAUGCACGGAGAUUAGUCUACCGAUACCUACGUCCUGGUUUCCACUACACGAAGUGUUUGAUUGUUUGUGAGCGAGCAGAUGUCUGCUACUGCUUUGGGCAGCCUCGAAGAUGUGGGCUGGUUGUGUGUAUUCAGACCAGCCCGGUGAAUGAGGACACAACAUGGAGACGUGCAUCCCGAGUCCCGUGCUACCUUCCUUUUUUGUUGUCAACAUCUAUAGUCUAGAGGGUUAGUGCACGCCCUGAAAUGAGGCACUGAGGAAUGACGCCGAGUCUGCGCCGCAGCGAGACUUUUUUCCCGAAAUGUGUCCAGGCGCCACAAGCACGAGAGUUGUAUUGCGUGUUUUUCACGUGUUCCCGGGAUUGAGAAGGAACCUUGUUGUGAGCCGUGCAGAAUAUCCACCUAAGUUCCCGUUGAGGUGUGUCC